CAUGCUGUAGUAUGUCUCCGUCCUUCCUCUCUCUGCUCAGAGUGAGCUGCUCUCUCCUGGUUUAUUUUGAGGUGGUCUUAUCACAGCUGCUGUAUCAGCGGUGGCCGUCUGUCCGAAACCCUUCGGCACUCUUUCCCUUUUUCUUUUCUGGACCUUUGUCCUGCUACUUGCUCAGAAUUAUGGAUGCUUGUCAGGAGAGCUGCCCUGCCCCCACUGGUCCUGGAGCAUCUCCGGCCAAGGAUCGCCACAUUGACCUGACAGAGGACCUGGCCCAACAGCUGGAGGACAUCAUUAGCACCUACCAGGCAUCACAGAUUCCAGCUGAGUCAGAGGACAUUGAGGAGGUCACAGCUGCCAAAGAGCCAGAUGCACGCAAGGACCAGAAACUAGAGAAGAAAAUGCUCAAAAAUUUAGGUAAGGAGGCCAUGCUGCUGAUGCAAAGUUUGAACAAACUCGACACUCCAGAGCAGAAACUAGAAACCAUCAUUAAGAAGCACGCUGAGCUGCUGGAGGAGCAUCGCAGUGAUCAGAAGCAGAUGAAGACUCUGCAAAAGAAGCUGCUCCAAGUGAUGAAAGAGAAGGAUCAGCUGCAGAACGAACACAGUCGGGCAGUGCUGGCUCGCAGCAAACUGGAGGGGCUCUGCAGGGAGCUGCAAAGACACAACAAGACUUUAAAGGAGGAGACACUGCAGAGGUGCAGAGAAGACGACUUAAAGAGGAAAGAGAUCACCACCCAUUUCCAGGGGACUCUGACUGAGAUCCAAGCCCAGAUAGAGGAGCACAGCAGCCGCAACACCAAGCUGUGUCAGGAGAACAGCGCUCUGGCAGAAAAACUCAAGGCCCUCAUUGCACAAUACGACCAGCGAGAGGCGAACCUGGAAAAGGUUUUCAAGCACAGAGACCUGAAGGAGAAGCUGUUGGAAACCAAGCUCGAGCAGGCGAACCUGAUCCUGAAGGAGGCCGAGGGGAAGCACAAGCUGGAGAAAGAGCUUCUGCUUAAACAAGUGGCGGAGUAUAAGCUGCAGCUGAAUGGCCUGAAGGAGCAAGAAACUGACAUGAGAAGUCAGCUUGACAUGUACUCCAAAAAGUUUGAUGAGUUCCAAGGUACGGUGUCAAAGAGCAACACUGUGUACAGCAGCUUCAAACAGGACAUGGACAAGAUGGCCAAGAAAAUGAAGAAGCUGGAGAAAGAGUGCCAUUCAUGGAAGGCUCGCUUUGACGGCUGCAACAAGAGUCUGAUUGAUAUGGUGGCUGAUAGAACGAUCAAAGAAAAAGAGUUUGAACUUCUCACCAUCAAGAACCAGAAGCUUGAGAGUCUUUGCAGGGCUUUGCAGGAGCAAAGAAAGAGCCUAUCUGAGAUGGUGCAGGGAGCUCAACCAGAUAUACAUGAUCCUGAGCAAGAACUAAAGAAAGGCAGUGAGGUGCAGGAGGCUCCUAAAGACCCAAACGAGGAACCAGCUCAGAACACAGGAAGUCUCACCUCUGCUGGAGCACCAGUGCUCACAACUCCACUAACCGAAGCACUGGCUAAACUAAAGGCUGAGCAGGCUCUCCUGAAAGAGAUUGCUGGUUCUUUCACAAUAUCUCACACGGCAACCACAGAAUCAGCAGAUACUCAGUCACAUGGACUCUCUGGGGGCAUCCAAGAGCCAGAGGAGAAGCAGGCGGAGGAGAGCAAACACCAGGAUGUCCAUGAGGAUCAAAAUCAAGAACAGAGAGAUCGGGAGAUGGAGUCAGUUGAUUAAUGCUGAAACCACUGUGGCAGAAAACCUGCUGCAUGUGUGAUUACUGAAAAUAAAAUAAAAAAACAAUGUGA